AUGGCCUCACGACGUUCCCGCCGACGUUCCUGUAGUAGGAGCCACACCACCACAAAUACAUCACCUGCUGCCGGAAAUACAACACCUCCACCAGCAAAUACAUCACCUGCUGCCGGAAAUACAACACCUCCACCAGCAAAUACACAACCGACUACCCCAACAACACCGAACCCACAGCCUACACCCACUACACCCCCUCCAAAAGACACUAAUACUCCAGCACCCUCUGCGUCGAAACCGCCACCCAAAACACAAGUCAUUACAUCUGCAGACGCAAGUGGAAAUGUCGUUACGUAUACAACGACAUCUACCACGGAUCCUGUUCCUACCGAUUCGAAUGCGACGGAUCCUUCAGGUGUUGGUAACACUAGUAACUCAAAGGGCCAAGAUGGAGGUUCUAAUACAAGCGUUGUCACUGCAGCUAUCGUUGUGGGAACUGUCGUCGUUGCUGCCGCAUUUGGUAUUUGGAUAUUUAGAAAAUGGAAGCUAUCCCCAACAAGGAAAUUCAAGGAAAAGAUCCAACCAGUAGAUUUCUCACCUCGAUCACACGAGUCCGAUACAAUGUUCUUGCGAGAGUUAAAUGAGCCUUAA